AUGGGGUUUGAGAUGAAACCAGAGAAAGACGUUUUGGAAUUCAUGUCGAGUAAGAAUCAAUGUAAAGCUAAGAACAACCCUAAUAAUCCCAGUUCUGUUAAUUCGCCUAAUAAUAAGAAUAAGAUGAAGAGGAAGAAUAAGAAGACGGUGAUGGCGUGGCGACGGAAAAAGACUGAUUCUCCGGCGGAUGAGACAACGGCCGUGCGGCGGCUUUUUAAUACCUGCAAGGAAGUCUUCUCCAAUGGCGGUCCUGGAGUUGUUCCGUCUGAAGAUAAAAUCCAACAGCUACAGGAGAUUCUUGACAUUAUGAAACCAGAGGAUGUCGGAUUAACUCCGACCAUGCCGUACUUCCAACCAAACGCCGUACCAGAGAAUCUGUCUUCGCCACCAAUAACGUAUCUGCAUCUACACCAGUGUGAUCAAUUCUCGAUUGGGAUUUUCUGUUUGCCGCCAUCUGGUGUCAUUCCUCUUCAUAACCAUCCAGAGAUGACUGUAUUUAGUAAGCUUCUCUUCGGUACGAUGCACAUCAAGUCGUAUGAUUGGGUGGUUGAUGCUCCAAUGAGAGAUCCGAAAACUCGGCUGGCAAAGUUGAAGAUGGACUCGACGUUAACCGCACCAUGCAACGCCUCGAUUUUGUAUCCAGAAGAUGGCGGGAACAUGCAUCGGUUCACAGCAAAAACAGCCUGCGCGGUGCUAGACGUGCUUGGUCCUCCUUACUGCAAUCCAGAAGGCAGGCAUUGCACUUACUUCCUUGACUUCCCUCUCGACAAAUUCUCACCAGAGGACGACGACGUUUUGAGAGGUGAAGAGGAGAGGAAAGGUCAUCAUGCAUGGCUGCAAGAAAGAGAUGAUAAUCCAGAGGACCUUAAUGUAGUUGGAGCGUUAUACAGAGGCCCAAAGGUUGAGGAUUGA